UGCUUCGUCGCUGUCUAUAGUGAUGAUGAAUCGUCUAAAGACAAUUACCCGUUCCCUCCGAUUCCUCGACUCGUCUCUCGCCACCCGACACAUUGAAACUCGGUCACUCCAACUCGCUCUGAACCAGGUGACUCACUUUUCUCUCAACACUACUACUGCACCUUCACCUUCUUCCCUUUCGAAUCAUCACUCUUGCAAUCACCGCUUUUCAAGCAUUCAUCACAGAUUCUUCUUUUCUUCAAAACCAAGCUCCAUAUUGGAGCUUGUUUUGACGAGCGAUUGGUCCCAAUGGUUAGAGCUAGAGUUAGACAAGUGUUGCCUUUUCUUGACCCAUGAAACUGUUAUUUACGUUUUGAAGAAUUUGGAUAAAAACCCAAUUAAAGCUUCGUGUUUUUUCAACUGGGUCAGCGAGAAACAAUGGUUCAGACCAAGUUCCUCAGUGUAUAGUUUAGUUGUUAGUAUCUUGGCCAAGAAGGAAACUAGGGAACAAUUUUGGAUAACUCUAGUAGCCAUGAAGAAAAAUGGAUUCUUUCUUGAUACUGAAACUUAUUUGCCAAUUUUAGCUGCUUUUAAGAGGGAUAAUUUGAAGAGUGAUUGUGAGGGUCUUGCCCACUUUUAUAAACAAAUGAUUCGGGAGAAUGCAAGGGAGAGUGUUGUCAACAAUGUGGUUGGUAUUAUUACAGCGUCUGAAUGGGGUAUUGAGGUUAUGGAGAAAUUGGGGAAGCUUAACAUUCAUCUGUCUGAUAAUUUUGUAGCGAGGGUUGUUAAAGAAUUUAGAGGUUGUCCUUUGAAAGCGUACCGAUUCUUUCGUUGGGUUGGUGAGCAAUCUGGUUAUGAGCAAAAUGCAGUGACUUAUAAUGCAAUUGCAAGAACUCUUGCUAGGGCUAAUAGAAUUAAUGAGUUUUGGGAAGUCAUAGAGGAAAUGAAGAGUGUAGGUUAUGAAUUGGAUGUUGAUACAUAUACAAAAAUAUCGAGGCAGCUUCAAAAGAAUAGGAUGAUAGAGGAUGCUGUUGAGCUUUAUGAGCUUAUGAUGGAUGGAUCAUGCAAGCCAUCGGAUCAGGACUGCAGUUCCCUUUUAGUGCACAUCUCAGAUAGUCAUACACCAAAUUUAGAUUUAAUAUUCAGAAUAAUAAAUAAAUAUGAGUUGAACCGGCAUACUCUCCCAAAGGCAAUCUAUGAUGGAGUCCAUAGGUCUUUGGCAGGUGCUGGGAAAUUUGAUGAAGCUGAAACUAUUGUUGGGAGUAUGAGAAAUUCUGGAUAUGAGCCUGAUAAUGUCACAUUUAGUCAAAUGGUUUUUGGACUUUGCAAGAUGGGGAGGUUAGAAGAAGCGUGUAAAGUGCUCGAAGAGAUGGAAUCUUGUGGAUGCAUCCCUGAUAUCAAGACUUGGACCAUCUUGAUCCGAGGGCAUUGUUCUGCCAAUGAAAUAGAUAAGGCAUUACUUUGUUCUGACAAGAUGUUUGAAAAGGGAUGCAGUCCAGAUGCUGCCGUGUUAGGUGCUUUAGUUGACUGUUUUCUUAGCCAACAGAGAAUAGAGGAUGCAUACAACUUUCUUGAAGAGACAGUUAGAAAUUUUGUUACAUCUCCAUGGCAAGGUACAUAUAAGAAACUGAUUGAAGGCCUAUUAGGAAUUGAGAAAUUAGAGGAGGCACUUGACCUUAUGUGUUUGAUGAGGAAACACAAGUACCCUCCAUUCAUUGAAUCGAUUAUUCGAUACAUUUCAAAAUCUGGGACCGUGGAUGAUGCUGUAAAGUUCCUGAAGGCAUGGAGUACGGAAAGUCCUCAAUCCCAUUCCGCCUAUGUUCAUGUGUUUGAAUCGUUCUUCAGAGAAGGUAGAGAGUCUGAUGCCAGAGAUCUAUUGAGUAAGUGUCGCCGCCAUAUAACUAAACAAAAAGAAAUCCGUGCACUUUUUGGUUCAGUAAGGAAUUGCAAGGCUGCAGUUGCAGGUAGCACGUAGCCCGGACGUUGACAUGUGCUGCCUCUAGAAAACCAUCCUGAGGCUGAGUCCCCAACCCUGGUGGACUGGCUUGAAAGAUAAACAAGCACAGGCUGCUAGUGCUACUUGAUACUUCUAAUAUUUGCCUGCCUGGUGGAAUAAGUAAAGCUCCAUAAUUUCAGUUUGAAGUUCUUAGGAGGGAAUAAAACCUCUCUAAACUCUUAAGACUAACCAUAUCUAUUUGAUUCAGCAAUUUGUUGUUGAUCCUGUAAGUCUAUUCUAUCCAUGUCUGAUCACAUGCCCUUCAUAUUGGAAAAUGAAAAAUCUGUGUAUUUUGCUUCGUACAGGCUAAUAUCUGGUAAUGGAUCAUAUGUGGUGGUUGACAAA